AUAUUUUUUUUAUUAAAGCCUCUCUCCGUCUCUUCUACUUUGGUUGUUCGCAAUGAAAGGAGGCACCGUCUCGUUUCUUUUCGUUCUUCUCAUCUCCACCGUCACCUCCAUCUUCUGCUUCCGUGAUGGGAUGUUACCAAACGGCGAUUUUGAGGUAGGACCAAAACCAUCGGACAUGAAGGGAACACAAGUGUUAAACAAGAACGCUAUUCCAAGCUGGGAGCUUACAGGCUUCGUCCCGACAAAACCAAGUGAUGUAGGCCUAGUGGUAAAAAGGUUCAGGCUGGAGCCUAUGUUCUGGAUUUGAUUUUCUUUGGUCACCAUAAAGGCGGUAAGAAAACCUGAAUUUUUAUAGGGUGAUUAGUCAUUGGGCUUAAAAAGCUUUUAGGAUUACACCAAAAUUAAAAAGCUUUUAUUUAAUAAAAGAAAAAAUAUUAUUUUGUAUACUGCUAGUUAAUUUGAUAGUUUGUUUAAUAAAAAUCAUAGUAUAUUGUUAUAUUGACCAACUUAUUUUCUAAGAUUCUAAAACUCAUCUUCGUGAUGACACGUGGUUAUAAAAAUUUGUUGUAAUGUUCCAGGAUUAAUAUAUAAGGGAUAUAUAUGUUAUUGAUCGAGUAUAUCACUAGUUAAGUAUCAUUAAUUUACCGAACGUUAUUAGAGAAAACAAAAACAAAAACUGGUUCUGGACCGGAGUCUUCUAACCGGAUUAUCCUUAUUUUGUGUGCAUAUUUAUUUGUUCCUUUAGAAUAGUUCUAUUAUUUUAUAAAAGAAAUUAUUUAGGGUUUGUGGAUUUCACCACCACAUGGAAGGUUCAAAACGGUCUCUCUCACGACGACUACGACGUGAGCAAGAUCAUGCUGAUAACCACACAACAACCAUUCCUUUUGAUCUUAUCAUUGAGAUACUCUCUUUACUUCCCGCAAAAUCACUCAUACGAUUCCAAUCGGUGUCGAAGCUAUGGUUCUCUACUAUCCGCACUAAAAAUUUCAUCGACUUGUUCCUCGCUAGAUCAAAGACUAGAUCUCGUCUCCUUUUACCUUUCAUGCACUUAGAAUCCAAAAAACGUUUCAUAUUAUCCGCUCAAGAACACAACAACAAGGAGGAGGAUAAGUCACCAUCCACAGCCACCCUCAGACACGACAUGACCAUCUCUGAUCCCGUCUACUACACCAUGUCUCGCCCAGUAAACGGUUUGGUUUGUUGCGUAGGUGAUUCAUCCAUCACCGUUUGUAAUCCUGCCACUAGACAAACUGUGAAACUGCCGGAUCUUACACGCAACGGUAGAGACAUGUACGCACGUCUUGGCUAUGAUCCAGUCGAAGAUCAAUACAAAGUGUUGUGUGUGAUGAUAGCGAAAUUCAAUUCAUUUGGCCCUUACGGACAAGAUAUCCGACAGGAGCAUUUAGUGUGCACAGUGACAUCAUCAGAGAAACAAGAGUGGAGAAAGAUUGAGAACAGCACCAUAGAUAGUUAUCGUAUCUUAAGCGGAGGGAUAUGCAUUGAUGGCGCUAUAUACAAUGAAAUAGGACAGUCAACGAUAGUUAGACUCGAUGUUAGAACUGAGACUAUUACGUUAAUUAAAGCACCUGAAGAGUCAGAUUUCUCGACAAUAUUCCCUUCAACUCUUUUAAAUUACAAGGGAAAACUGGGAGGUGUAGAUUACAAAAACGUUAUGAGAUUGUGGAUUCUUGAGGAUGCUGAGAAACAGGAAUGGUCGAGCAUGACGUGUGAGUUUCCUUCUGAAUUAAAAUGUUUACUUGGGAGUUACGUAGUGUCUACAGGAGAUAUUCACAACGGCGAGCUUAUGGUGUUUCAUCCAUGGUCAUGGUCACUUAAGCCAUUUUGUGUUUGCUAUUAUGAUUUUAAGAAAGAGAGUAUAAUAAGAAAAGUCGAAAUAAAAGUGGAUGGUGAGUUCAGACGUAUCCAUGGGAUCGGUGAGAAAACAUGUCAGAUGUUAUGUUAUCCAGGCUACUUUGAGAAUAUUAGGUUCUUGUAGUCCUAUCAUUAUAGCUUCUUCCAUAUUCAGUUUCAAACGUGACUUGAUUGGUUUGUUGGAAACGAUUUAUUCCUGAAAAUUGGUUGUAUUUUUAUAUUAGUUUUGUUUGAAGACUUUCGGCUUGGUUCUUGUAAAGUUUUGCUAGUUAGGUAUCGAGUGUGAAUAAAAGAAAGGCGAAUAAGAUAUAAAAUAUCGUUGAGUUUAAAAGAAUAAGAUGUUCCUAGCAAAUUUUUAAUAAACAACUUAAAAGAUCCAACACACUUCUUCCACUUCUCCCAGUAGUUUGAUUUCCCAAUAUAACUCCACCUCAUAAUACCAACACAUGCUUUCUCACUUUUAGCUCCCCUCUGCAACUUAAAAAGCUCAAUAUACUGUAUAUUGUAUUAUGUUUGAAUAUUUAACGUAUUGUCAGCAUUUAUUUAGUCUAGUUUGGAUGUCACCAGAAUCACUUGCAUCCAAGAACAGUGAAACGAAGAAGAAAGUGACAAUUUGUUUUCACAUUUUAAAAACACUCGACUCAAAUGAGUUUUGCAGUUGUAAGCUCUGUUGUUAUCAGUACUAGUAUCAUUAUAAUUAUGUGAAGAAAAUUUAGGCUAUGAUUUGAUAUGCAUUCUCACGAGGGCUCCGGUCCCUGAACAAUGCUACGUGAAACAUUUGCAAUAGACCCCUAAAAUUUUUGAAAAAAAGUACACAGACAGAAGCCCCAAAAAAUAAUUUUUAAACCCUAAACUGCUAAAAAAAAAAUUUACGUAAGACAUUACACAUGCCUCCAAAAUCUCGGGGUCGGCAUGAUUCUUGUCACUCACGUAUUCUUGAUCCCGUGCAUGGAGUAAGAUAUUAAAGAAUAAUUUAGGAGUAAGGAGUAAAA